GCAUCCGCGCGCUUCGCAGCUGCCCUCGCGCCGGCCAACGGCCGGGCAGUUCCUGCAGGGCUUACCGCCUGGCCUCUCGGCUCCGCGGCGCACCGUAGGGCGGCAUGUCGCGGCGGCGGCACAGCGACGAGAACGACGGUGGGCAGCCUCACAAAAGGAGAAAGACCUCUGAUGCAAAUGAAACUGAAGAUCAUUUGGAAUCUUUAAUAUGCAAAGUAGGAGAAAAGAGUGCCUGCUCUUUGGAGAGCAACCUAGAAGGCUUGGCUGGGGUUUUGGAAGCUGAUCUUCCUAACUACAAGAGCAAGAUCUUAAGGCUUCUUUGUACAGUUGCACGUCUGUUACCUGAGAAGUUGACAAUUUAUACAACAUUAGUUGGACUACUGAAUGCCAGGAAUUACAACUUUGGUGGAGAAUUUGUAGAAGCCAUGAUUCGUCAACUUAAAGAAUCAUUGAAAGCAAACAAUUAUAAUGAAGCCGUAUAUUUGGUUCGUUUUUUAUCUGAUCUUGUGAAUUGUCACGUCAUUGCUGCCCCAUCAAUGGUUGCUAUGUUUGAAAAUUUUGUAAGCGUAACUCAGGAAGAGGAUGUGCCUCAGGUGCGGCGAGAUUGGUAUGUGUAUGCAUUUCUGUCAUCUUUGCCCUGGGUUGGAAAGGAGUUGUACGAAAAGAAAGAUGCAGAGAUGGACCGCAUCUUUGCCAACACUGAAAGCUAUCUUAAAAGACGCCAAAAGACUCAUGUACCCAUGUUACAGGUAUGGACUGCUGAUAAACCACAUCCACAAGAAGAGUAUUUAGAUUGCCUGUGGGCCCAGAUUCAGAAAUUGAAAAAGGAUCGCUGGCAGGAACGGCACAUCCUAAGACCUUAUCUUGCCUUUGACAGCAUCCUGUGUGAAGCACUGCAGCAUAAUCUGCCUCCUUUUACACCACCUCCUCACACUGAAGAUUCAGUGUAUCCAAUGCCAAGGGUCAUCUUCAGAAUGUUUGAUUACACAGAUGAUCCUGAGGGUCCUGUUAUGCCAGGGAGUCAUUCAGUGGAAAGAUUUGUAAUAGAAGAGAAUCUUCACUGCAUCAUUAAGUCCCACUGGAAGGAAAGGAAGACUUGUGCUGCACAGUUAGUGAGCUAUCCAGGGAAGAACAAGAUCCCCUUGAACUACCACAUAGUUGAGGUGAUAUUUGCAGAGCUCUUUCAACUUCCAGCACCCCCUCACAUUGAUGUGAUGUACACAACACUUCUCAUUGAACUGUGCAAGCUUCAGCCUGGCUCUCUACCCCAAGUUCUUGCACAGGCAACGGAAAUGUUAUACAUGCGUUUGGACACAAUGAAUACCACCUGUGUAGACAGGUUUAUUAAUUGGUUUUCUCAUCAUCUAAGUAACUUCCAGUUCCGUUGGAGCUGGGAAGAUUGGUCAGAUUGUCUUAGUCAAGAUCUCGAAAGUCCCAAACCAAAGUUUGUAAGAGAAGUUCUAGAAAAAUGUAUGAGGUUGUCUUACCAUCAGCGUAUAUUAGAUAUUGUUCCUCCUACCUUCUCAGCUCUAUGUCCUGCAAACCCAACCUGCAUUUAUAAGUAUGGAGAUGAAAGCAGCAAUUCUCUUCCUGGACAUUCUGUUGCCCUCUGUUUAGCUGUUGCCUUUAAAAGUAAGGCAACCAAUGAUGAAAUCUUCAGCAUUCUGAAAGAUGUACCAAACCCUAACCAGGAUGAUGAUGACGAUGAAGGAUUCAGUUUUAACCCAUUGAAAAUAGAGGUCUUUGUACAGACUCUGCUACACUUGGCAGCCAAAUCAUUCAGCCACUCCUUUAGUGCUCUUGCAAAGUUUCAUGAAGUCUUCAAAACCCUAGCUGAGAGUGAUGAAGGAAAGUUACAUGUGCUAAGAGUUAUGUUUGAGGUCUGGAGGAACCAUCCACAGAUGAUUGCUGUGCUAGUGGAUAAGAUGAUUCGUACACAAAUAGUUGAUUGUGCUGCAGUAGCAAAUUGGAUCUUCUCUUCAGAACUAUCUCGUGACUUUACCAGAUUAUUUGUUUGGGAAAUCUUGCACUCUACAAUUCGUAAGAUGAACAAACAUGUCUUGAAGAUCCAGAAAGAGCUAGAAGAAGCUAAAGAGAAACUUGCAAGGCAACACAAACGGCGAAGUGAUGAUGAUGACAGAAGCAGUGAUAGGAAAGAUGGGGCUCUUGAGGAACAAAUAGAAAGACUUCAGGAAAAAGUGGAAUCUGCUCAGAGUGAACAAAAGAAUCUCUUCCUUGUCAUAUUUCAGCGGUUUAUCAUGAUCUUGACUGAGCACUUAGUACGAUGCGAAACUGAUGGGACCAGUGUAUUAACACCAUGGUAUAAGAACUGUAUAGAGAGGCUGCAGCAGAUCUUCCUACAGCAUCACCAGAUAAUCCAGCAGUACAUGGUGACCCUGGAGAACCUUCUCUUCACUGCUGAAUUAGACCCUCAUAUCUUGGCUGUGUUCCAGCAGUUCUGUGCCCUGCAGGCCUAAGGGUCAUUUUUCCCCUCGUUCAAGAUUUUUUUUUUUAAUAUCUCAAAAUAAUUUCUUAUUUUUUGAUGGUUUGAAUGCUUGCUUUCUUGUAGUAUCCUUUCACUUCUUAAAGGAAACAAAGGAAAAGAGGGCAGUGAAUAACAUGGCAUUACUUUUAAUUGCCCUGAAAAGCAAAUACUUCCUAUGACAGUAAUGUGAUGAUGACCAUGAUGUAUUCUAUAUGUGACAGAUAUGACUUUUCUGUGAUCGGUUUGGUAUUUUUUUCUUAAGGCACAAAAUAACUGGUGUGAGGUAUGUGAAACAGUAGAGGUCAACCUUACAUAGUAUAUAGAACUGAUGAGUUUACCCAGUAGUAUAACUUUUCACAGCUCGGGGAUAACAUGGCUGAAAUAAAACUAAAAGUAUGGUUUUUAAACUUUGGCACUUCAUGAUUUAUAAUCUCUAAAACUGGUGGGGGAUUUUUUUCUUUUUCUUUUUUUUUUGUCUUAAGCUGGAGGUUUCUUACUGAAGGUGUUCUCCAUUUAAAAUUUUCUUUACAAAAUCUCUUCAAAAUAUUUUUAAGUAGUAUCUUAAGACACGACUUGUGUGUUCGUUUCGGCAGCACAUAUGCUAAAAUUGGAACGAUACAGAGAUUAGCAUGGCCCCUGCGCAAGGAUGACAUGCAAAUUUGUGAAGCGUUCCAUAUUUAAAAAAAAAAAAAAAAAGACACGGCUUGUUAGUAUAUGAGUGUUACUAGUUGGAGCAGUAGUUCUCAGAUUUGUCUGAAUGUAAAUCAGCUGGGAAUCUUUCAAGUUAUUUUGAAAUUAAACCACAAUCUGAGGGUGGAACACAGACAUCCUUAGUAAUCCUUAAAGUUCCUCCAGGUGAUUCCAGGUUUGGUCACCAUUAUCUUAGAGCAUCUACUGACUUCCUCUAGCCUCUGGGUUUGUCCAAGGUCUUGUAGUGAGUUACUGAAUACUAAAGUGGAUAUAGAAGUGGUCAGAUUGACUGAAACUGUAUCUGGAAUUGAAGGUGAGUUCAGAUUUUGUUUCUAUGGAAGCUGGUCCAAAAAACUACGAAGACCUUAGCUUGUUUUCCUGUAGUGUUGAUGCUGAAAUAAGAUGAGAGUGGUUUGUAAAAUAAUAUGCAAGUAUAAGGAAUUAUCUAACAUUGCAAAUUUCUAGUAUUAUUAGACUUUUUUCAUUAAACCUUAGAAAAAAAUUACCAGUACAACUACUGGUAGUGUAUUUGUGCAUUUGCACAAAAGAUAUAAUUUUUUUCUUACUACAUCUCAAGUUUAUGAUGCAUUAAGCAUUUUCCAUAUUUUGAUAUAUUUUUGCUUUGGUUUACCAUCCAUUUUAGUGGCUACAGAAUGUAGUCCACUUUAAUAAAUGGGAAUUCCUAGGGUUUUUAAAUACUAUACUAUUUAAGACAAAAUACAAAGCAAUUAUUCAGAAAAAUCCAGGUUGCGUGGCAGGUUACUAGAGGACUGAAACUUAGGUUCUUGGCUAAGUAUUCUCGUUUAUACUGUUUCUCCUUCCCAUUGUUUAAGCACAGCACAAACUAUGUAAUUAUAUGUAAUUACAGUUGACCCUUGAACAACAUGGGUUUGAACUGUGUGGGUCCACUUACACAUGGGUUUUCUUCCACCCCUGAGAUGGCAAGACCAACUCAUUGUCUUCCUCAGCCUACUCAACAUGAAGAUGACGAGGAUGAAGACCUUUAUGAUGAUCCACUAAUUAAAUAGUAAAUAUAUUUUUCUUA